AUGAACAGCACAUCUGCCGAUGCUGUACUUCAUUAUCUAUCUCAGUUCAUUAUCUAUCUAUCUAUCUAUCUAUUUCUCUCUCAGUUCAUUAUCUAUCGAUCUAUCUAUCUAUUUAUUUAUCUAUCUAUCUCAUUAUCUAUCUAUCUAUUUAUCUCAUUUCAUUAUCUAUGUAUCUGUCUGUCUAUCUAUCUCAGUUCAUUAUCUAAAUAUCUAUAUAUCUACCGCAUUUCAUUAUCUAUCUAUCGAUCUAUCUAUCUCAAUUUAUUAUUUAUUAAUCUAUGUCAUUUCAUUAUCUAUCUAUCUCAAUUUAUUAUCUAUCUCAUAUCAUUAUCUAUCUAUCUAUCUAAAUUUAUUAUCUAUCUCAUAUCAUUAUCUAUCUAUCUAUCUAUUUAUUAUCUAUCUAUCUAUCUCAAUUUAUUAUCUAUUUAUUAUCUAUCUAUAUUUAUUAUCAUCUAUCUAUCUAUCUAUCUAAAUUUAUUAUUUAUCUCAUUUUAUUAUCUAUCUAUCUAUCUCAAUUUAUUAUCUAUGUCAUUUUAUUAUCUAUCUAUCUAUCUCAAUUUAUUAUCAUCUAUCUAUCUCAAUUUAUUAUUAUCUCAUUUUAUUAUCUAUCUAUAUUUAUUAUCUAUUAUCUAUCUAUCUAUCUAUCUCAUUUAUUAUCUAUCUCAUUUUAUUAUCUAUCUAUCUAUCUCAAUUUAUUAUCUAUGUCAUUUUAUUAUCUAUCUAUCUAUCUCAAUUUAUUAUCUAUCUAUCUAUCUAUCUCAAUUUAUUAUCUAUCUCAUUUUAUUAUCUAUCUAUAUUUAUUAUCUAUCUAUCUAUCUAUCUAAAUUUAUUAUCUAUCUCAUAUCAUUAUCUAUCUAUCUAUCUCAAUUUAUUAUCUAUCUCAUAUCAUUAUCUAUCUAUCUAUCUCAAUUUAUUAUCUAUCUAUCUAUCUAUCUCAAUUUAUUAUCUAUCUCAUUUUAUUAUCUAUCUAUAUUUAUUAUCUAUUCAUCAUCUAUCUAUCUAUCUCAAUUUAUUAUCUAUCUCAUUUUAUUAUCUAUCUAUAUUUAUUAUCUAUCAUAUAUAUAUAUAUAUAUAUAUAUAUAUCAUUUCAUUGUCUAUCUAUUUUCUAUCUAUCUCAGUUCAUUAUCUAUCUAUGAUGUGUCAGCUAAACGCUCUUUAACACAAGGUAAUCUAUCUAUCUAUCUAUCUAUCUAUCUUUUUGUCCAGUAA